CCGACUCCCAGCCCGCACCACCAUCCGCGGCGGGAUCCGCGCCUCUUGGCUCCCCGACGUCGGUCGCGCAGGUCCAUCCAUGUGCACGUCGCCACAGCUACCGCAAGCUGUUGCUGACACACUCAGCGCCUCAAGUACUGAUCACGCCACGAUGCUGAAGGGGCGCAUCGAGAACAAAAUCCUGUGCUCGCCGUACCCGAAGCUGAGCGUGCCCGUGUGCUCGGUGUACACGGCCGUCAAGGCGUUCCUCAGCGUGGCCAGUUCCAAGCUCGCGGCGGUCGACUAUACAACCAGUUACACCCGCCAGGAGCUUCUCCAUGCGCUGGAGCGCUACGCUGCGGGUUUCCAGUCUCAUGGACUGAAACUGGGGGACCACGUCUGCAUCCACAUGCGCAACUCGGUCGACUCUUUCGUGACCCUGUUUGGGCUCAUCUUCGCAGGCGCCACCGUCAUUCUUGCAAAGACGUCCCUCACACACCGGGAGCUGAUGUACCAGAUGACCGAUGGAGAAGCGGUGUACAUUGUGACCGACCCGCCAAAUGCCGAUAAAGUGCGCAAGGUGUGCGACGAAAUGAAGAUGCCCGAUAAGGCCCGUUUUGUGCUAGGCGAGGCACCGGGCUUCAUUUCCAUUCUGAGCUUUGCGCUGAUCGAUCCGAAGCAGUUUCGCGAGGUUCCUGUUCCCGACCCCAAGAACACUAUUGCGGGCCUGAGCUACACAUCGGGCACUACUGGUCUGCCCAAGGGCGUCGAGGUCACGCACUUCUCCUUUGUGGCUAACAUGGUGCAGUCCAAGGGCGUCACAGGUUCGGAUGAGACCGACGUUUUCCUCGCGUGGAACCCAAUCACGCACAUGUCCGGCUUCUUGUUCACCAUGCUUGGCGCCUGCAUUGGCUCCACCUGUGUCAUCGUCUCGCCCGCGCUAACAUACAACCAGUUUAUCGACGUCUGCAACAAGUACCAGGUGUCGGCGUUGUUCAGCUUCCCGAACAGACUGCAGAAUCUCGUCAACGAGAUGCUUCGCACGAACACGCAGCUGGGGCAGAUCCGCAAGUUGUCCAUCGGCGGCAGCCAGGUGACCGAGACGCUGGCCCGCGGGGCUCUUAAAGUUUUUCCCAAGCUGCACAACUUACGCAACUUCUACGGCAUGACCGAAAGCUGCGGUCUCAUAGCAGCGCCCGGCCUGGACGAGAUUAACUUCGAGGACCUGGGAAUUCCCUCGCCGAAUGUUGAGAUCAAGGUCUUGAGCCCGGAUAAGAGAGAGCUAAUGGGGCCCAAUCAGCGCGGAGAGAUCCUGUUCCGCAUGCCGUCGGUUAUGCGUGGCUACUACAAGAAACCCGACGAAACCGCCCGAACUCUUCUGAAGGACGGCUGGUGUAAUUCAGGAGACAUGGGGUACUACAAUGACAACGGCCGGCUCUACUUUUCGGAGCGACUGAAGGAGCUGAUAAAGUGCAUGGACAACCAAGUGGUUCCAGCUGAGCUGGAAAACCUGAUUUUGAGCCAGUGCCCGGCCGUGGCUGAAGUGAGCGUUCUGGGACUACGGCAUUCCGAGUACGGAGAGGUGGCCGCCGCUUUCGUCAUUCUCCACGAAAACCAGAAGGGCAAGGUCACCGAAGACGACAUCAAAAAGAUAGUGUCUGAUAACCUGGCCAAGCACAAGCAGCUCUACGGGGGCGUCUACUUUCCUCCCUGUUUGCCCCACAACGACACCGGCAAGGUGCUCAAGGCUAACAUACGCGAGAACCUGGCCUUCUACAUUGCACACGCCUGAUCGCAGGAGGCUAAGGAUGCCAAAUUUUGAACUGCGAGUAGCCAAGAAGUGGGAAAAGGACAAAAGACCUUUAUUGCGUCGAGAACUCUUCGAUGGCGAAAGCUGUUUCAUGUAUCAUAAAUUUCAGCUUCCAGCAAAAUAUAA